ACCCUUCUCCCUGUCGUCAGUCGGGACUCGUGAUUCGUCAGUCGUGACUCGCCCCUCGCAGGAGAUUCCAUCCACAUAGGGUUCUAACGUCGAGACUCGAGACUGAAAACUGAACUUGCAAGAUAAGCCGAAGCAGUUCGAGUCUCGAGAGAGAGAGGUGUAGUGGUUAAGCUUAUUUUUCUCGAAGCCAUGGCAUAUCUAAGCAUGGGAGAAGCUCACAGACGAAUAUCAGACUAUUUGAAUCGCUUCCACGACUCUGUAUCUUCUCAGGAUGGUUCCUCACUGAGGCAGCUACUUUCCGUCUCUUCCGAUUCUCCUCAUCUUCUAUCACUCGCUGAUGCUCUGAAUGUCUUCCAGGACGCAAAUAGAUUGAUAAAACAAGCUGAUAGAUAUUCUCAGCUCGGAGAAAUCAUCGCUCCUCUCUUUAGGUGUUUGCAGAAUUAUCGAAUUGGGCACUUGGUUGAUGCCUAUAACGCUUUCGAGAAAUCUGCCAAUGCGUUUCUUCAAGAGUUUAGGAAUUGGGAAUCUGCAUGGGCCAUGGAACCAUUGUAUGUGAUUGCCUACGAAAUUAGAGUCAUCGCUGAGAAGGCUGACAGGGAACUAGCUUCGUAUGGAAAGAUCCCAGAGAAACUAAAAGGAGCUGGCUCAUUCCUAAUGAAAGUUUUCGGGGCUCUAGCUGGUAAAGGCCCGAAACGUGUUGGAGCCUUACAUGUAACUUGCCAACUGUUCAAAAUUUAUUUCAAGCUUGGUACAGUCCACCUUUGCCGAAGUGUGAUUAGAAGCAUUGAAACAGCUCGAAUUUUCGACUUUGAGGAAUUUCCAGUGAGAGACAAAGUCACCUAUAUGUAUUAUACAGGCCGUUUGGAAGUAUUUAAUGAAAAUUUUAUCGCUGCUGAUCAAAAACUCACGUAUGCCUUAAUGCAUUGUAACCCUCGGCGAGAAGAAAACAUAAGGAUGAUCCUGAAAUAUCUUAUACCUGUGAAGCUUUCCAUAGGCAUUUUACCGAAAAGUUGGCUCCUGGACAAAUAUAAUCUGAUUGAGUACAAUGAUGUUGUGCAAGCACUAAAAAGAGGUGACCUCCGACUUCUACGGCAUGCUCUCCAAGAACAUGAAGAUCGAUUCUUAAGAUCAGGUGUAUAUCUUGUCCUGGAGAAGCUAGAGCUCCAAGUUUACCAACGAUUGGUAAAGAAGAUCUACAUCAUCCAAAAGCAGAGGGACCCUAGCAAAGCACACCAGAUAAAGUUGGAUGUGAUUGUGAAGGCUUUGAAAUGGCUCGAAAUGGACAUGGAUGUUGAUGAGGUGGAAUGCAUCAUGGCCAUUCUAAUAUACAAGAACCUUGUGAAAGGAUAUUUCGCUCACAAGAGCAAAGUGGCUGUUUUAAGCAAGCAAGAUCCUUUCCCCAAGUUAAAUGGAAAGCCAGUCAAUUCAUAGGUGGUACUCAAAAAAAAAAAAAAAAAAAAAAAAAAAAGCAGCUGUGCUAGGAUUUAUCUUACCUUGUUAUUUUAUUAUCAUUAUUUUUUUGUGGGUUGGGGGUGGUGAGGUGGGGGAGUUGUUUCAGUGCAUGUCGGGAGCAUAAAUCUGCAGAUGAUGAUGAAUGCUUUCCCUUGUAACAUCCUUUUUCCUCUUCAGCAAAAACGUAGCUUCUUUUAUUCCUAGAUCAACUGUACUGAAUUUACCAGCUGUGGCAUUGUAACGUAUUAUUAUCUACCUGGAGUCAUCUCAUGCUUUGCUUAA